UUCUAACAACAGACGUUUUAAAUGUGAUUUAGUACCUUGUGUUUCGAUUUGUUAAGUAGUUUUUUUUGCAUCGCAUCAGAAAUGGAAAAUAAAAGUGAGCAUUUCCGCCAUAGUUUGCUUUUUUAUUACCGUAAAGGUAAAACUGCAGUAGAAGCGAGAAAAACUUAUGUGCCGUUUACGGAGAGGAUGUGUUGAGUAAACGCCAGCGUCAAAAUUGUCGAAAUUUUGUUCUGGUAAUUUCAACUUGAAAGAUGUACCACCCGAGAGAUACCUGAGAGCGGCCACGUCGGCUUUUUUUUACUAGAUACCGUUUCAAGAGACUUCUCUUCGAUUUUUCCCAAAUAUUUGGGGAAAAAAACUAGAUUCUCCGAAUAUUUUCGUUGUCAUACAAUGUAUCAUACUUGAUCAUAUUUAGUAACGCAUAUUCCGUGGUAUCGUACGAAUGGUAGCACAAAGAAGUGAAUUGAUGAUUUCGACGCAUUUGACUGAAGUCAAAGAAGUCGAAGAAAUCUUUGUAAAAUAAUUAUAAGAAAAACCAAUUAAUUAAGAGUACACUUAUAUGUACGAUUUCUUACACCACGGUACAAUUAUUUCGUGCUUUCUUACAUGCGCCAAUCAGUCUGUCGGAAAUGAUCACAUGAUCAUUCGUACAUGUUUCUAUUUUCAAGUGAGAGAUUCUGUCUCUAACUUGUCUCCUUCAAUUCCAUUACUAACGAAAGUGACACGAGGAGCUAGAUUGUUCCCGAAAAUUCUAGACAGACAUAUGACGACCCUACGUGCAAGAUACAAGAAGAAGGAUCUUUCCGUCUAAAGACUCACUCUCAUUUGUAAAGUCGUCGAGCACAGAGGUGCAUGGAACACAAUAUGGAAAGUCAACCGCAAGGAAACGAUUCAAAAAUGACAACGGUUAGAUGGAUAGCUUUAAUUAUUAGAGAUUUAAGAUGCACGUGGCUAAAGCGAUAUUUCAGUUUCAUAAAUUGCAAGGCAAUCUGCAGACAGCCAAAAUGCAGUUGCACUAUUGAGCUAUUUCAAGGAGUAGGAUAUACCUUAAGGGAUCACCUGGAUGAAUGUCAUAAAAUUAAUAAAUAUUCAAGAAAUGUAUGUGAAGGAACUGAAGAUAACAUAGAUUGUAUGAACAAAUUAAUUGCUGCACUAGAACAACCUGUAGAUCGAGCAAAUCACUUUGUAACUCAAUCAAGUGAUGCCAGCCCAUGUUUAAAUGCAACAACACAACAAACUGGAGCUCAAGAAAGUGUUACCGAUUUAGAUUUAAAAGAAAUGAUAAAACAAGCUAUAGCUGAAGUACGUGAUGCUAGGUCACGUUUAGACACAAUUAUACAACAAUCAAUGGAUCAAGCAAGUGACGCCGGAGAUACUUCCUAACUGACGAUUCAAAUUUAGAUGCAAUAACGCAACAAACUAUAGAUCAAUCAACUGACGUGCUGCGUGCUUGUGAUGCCAGAGAUGCAACAAUACAACUUGUAGA